UUUGAAGUCGAUCCUAAUGGUGCAGGGUGAGGGCGGCGGGGAAGAAGCCGCCGGUCCCAUCGCCGGAGAGUCAGAGGCAACGGAGCGAUGGGAGCGAAGGCAGGAAGGACCCGGGACCCGGGAGGAGGAGGAGGAGGAGGUGGAGGACGGAGGUGCUUCGGAGCAGCCUUGCCCUUCUCAGGUUCACGACAUGGAAGCGGCGGGCGCUGCCAAGCCGGGCGACGGGAGCUUCUGCCCCUGGACCUGCUACAGGAUGCCCGGAAUAAAGAUGAAAAAUGGAUGUCCAGGGCUUGGCUUGUUCUAUACAUUAUUAUCUGCCUUCCUGUUCUCUGUUGCUUCUCUAUUUCUAAAGAAAAUUGAAGAUGUUCAUUCAGUGGAAAUCAGUGCUAUUAGAUGUGUUUUUCAAAUAACAUUUGUUCUUCCUGGAUUAAUAUACUUCAAAACAGGAUUCCUAGGACCAAAGGACAAGCGAAUAGUUCUUUUCCUCCGAGGAUUCCUUGGCUCUAGUGCAAUGAUCCUUAUUUAUUAUUCUUUCCAAGUGAUGCCACUUGCUGAUGCUACCGUCAUUACAUUCAGCAGCCCGGUUUUUACGUCCUUCUUUGCCUGGAUCUUCCUCAAAGAGAAAUACAGUCUCUGGGACCUUCUUUUCACCCUGCUUACAAUCACUGGAGUAGUGUUUAUAGCAAGGCCCCCUUUUUUAUUUGGAUCCAACGUCCUUGACAUGGAAGAAAGUUACACAGAUCACCUUAAAGGAACCAUAGCAGCCAUUGCAAGUGCAGUAGCCGCUGCCUUAACUUUUGUGAUCCUAAGGAAAGUGGGGAAAUCCGUCCAUUACUUUUUGUCCGUUUGGUAUUAUGCAAUAAUUGGGUUAAUUGUGUGUAUAAUCACACUUUUUAUAAUGGAUGCGUGGAGUUUGCCCAAUUGUGGUAUAGACAGAUUUCUUCUAAUUUUAAUUGGAUUGCUAGGACUUGGUGGUCAGAUAUUUCUUACUAAAGCAUUACAGAUUGAAAAAGCUGGCCCCGUUGCUAUAAUGAAAACCAUGGAUGUGGUUUUUGCUUUUAUUUUUCAAGUCCUUUUUCUUAAUCAUAUACCAAGAUGGUGGACAGUGGGGGGUGCUCUUUGUGUGGUAGCCAGUAGUUCUGGAACAGUUUUCCGCAAGUGGUAUCAAAAUUCCAGAAGAAGCACAGAACAGAAAAUUUAAACCGCUAGAUGGUCUACCUUUGUCAAAUAGAACAAAGUAUUAUGAUACUUAUUUUAAACAAUUCAUCAAUUGGCCAGUUCUCUCGAAUCCAUAUUCAUUAGCUAGGUAGUAAUCCUAACCAGAACCAGCUUGUUUUAUAUCAGGGAUGAUUCUAUCAAGAAGAAAGAUUGUUUUUGUGUGCCAAAUUUGCCUUGUUUAGCAGCCUUUGUGCCUUGCAAAUACAGCAAUUUCAUGAUAGGUUAUGAGUAUUCUUUAGGUUCAAAAAAUGUUGCAAAACCAAAAUGCCACAAGAUUUGCCUACGUGUUUAGAAAAUAGGUUUUGCAACCUAACUGUAAUUUCUUAAUGUAUCCCUGUUACACAUUUUCAUAAAACUGACCCCUUGGCACCAAUGUAUGCACUAUAAAAUCUAUGAAAAAGGAAGCACUGUGAAGUUGCACAUCCUCCUCCUCCACCUCUCUUAUAACUUGAAAAGUGUAGCCAAACUCUUAACUUCUAAAUCAUUCCAAAAGUGGGAUUUGUGAAGUAUAGAAUUAUAUCUUAUUUCACAAUUUAAAUUUAAAUUGAUGCAAUUUUGGUUUCACGGUGGAACUGGGGGAAAGGUCAGUUAUUUGUGCUGUGAUUUUCCAAUUUUCAUUCAACUUGAAAUGUUGGUUACAACAUCUGAACAUUGUUUUUAGUCCAUUGACUUCUACAGGGUAAAUAUAAUUGGCUAUAAUAUGCCAAUUGCAGCAGAUAAUGAUCUGUAAAUGCUUUUGAUGUAAACAUGAGGUGCUUCCACUGUGCCCACACUUUGAAUUUUAAUUUAGGUAACUUUACACUACUUUGACUGCAUAUGAUAUUGUAUGACUAAAUCAUGCAGAUUGCAGGUUUGAAAUUACACUGCAUUACAGCCUCAUAAACUUUUAAAACAUAAAAGUAAAAUAACAUAUACUGUACAAAACUUCCUUUUACAAUACUCAAAGCAUCAGUUUUAUUAUUUUAGUGUAGCACAUUAACUAAAUUCAGAUGGGUCUCUUUUCAACUGCAAAAUUAAUUCUUGUUUCUUUUUGUCCACUAAGUCUCUAAAGAACAGAUUGUUUUUAUUUAAAAAAAUUAUGAAUACUACUUUUGAUAUAAUUAUGUCUUGUGUUUUCUUUAAACAGGUUUUUAUUGUAUAUGAAGAAAUGUAAACUAUUUGUGUGUCUUAAAUGCAUUCUUUCUGGGUGGAAGGAGUGAAAGCCAUACUGUGCUAGAGUUGUAUGCAAUGUUCUAUGCAUGGAACAGUUGCUUUUGAGAUGCUCAUGCCUGACCCAUUUUGAGUAACCCAUUGUGAGGUCUGUACAUGAAAGGAAAAAAAGGCAGUUUUGAUCCGGGGAAAAGGAAUUGUGGGUGGGGAGGCCUGCGUAGAAAGCAACUAAAGAACAGGAAACAGGAAGCACAGAUUGGACCAUGGAGACACUGUUCUGGAUAUGGGCCAGCUGAGAAGAAAGAGAAGACUCUUGAUAGGGCAGGUGAGCUAAUCAGAUGUGCUGUGCCAGAAGCUAAUGAAAAAAGGGAGUGAGGAAAGUACACUGGCUUCCCUAUUUAUCUUUAACUUCACCUAACUCAAUCAAAGUGGUCCAGGGUUUGGUACUACUCAAUCACGUAUGGUCCAGAAUAGUUCAGUGGAAAUUCCAGAAUGUGGGGGUUUGUUCUGAGUUUGAAAACAAGCAUUUUCCUCUUUUCAUGCAUACCUUCCUACUAGUAUUCAACUACUAAAAUUCAAGUAAAGGAAUAAAUUGAAUGAAAUUCCUCCACCAUCUGUCUGCCAACAGAAGGGUCAUCCUUACUAGAACAUUCUCCCUGUCCUACCAAAGCUGCAUUGUGGAUAGGUACUGCACGGGGAGAAAAGCUAGGAGAAAUUACUUGGUCAGGAAGAUGUCUGCUUGCUCAGUGCACAGUGGAACCCAACAAUUACACUUGCACAGGGCCAUUUCUUUUCAGAGAAACAGGCUGUAGCUGCUGCCUUCUGCAAUACUAUGCAUUUUAACAAUCAGUCGUAUUCCCGUAUAAUUAAAGCAUUAUUUGUUUAUGAAAUGUUCCAUUUAAGAUGGUA